AUGUCGACCGAUGGUUGUGUUCGAUUCUGUGACUCGUACGGACUGGUUUGUCCUCCGUCCAGACCCGAGUACGUGGCAUUGGGCUGGAGUAACGAAAGGCCUCGAACCAUGUUGGCAGCCGAUUGUGAGUCGAGUAUGGAAGCACGAGAGGUGCUUGUUACAGAUGGCAACGCGGUUACAGCGUCCACGUGUAUUCAAGCUGUGGCCAGAUCAGUCUUUCAGGUCUACAGUCCCCAGGCUGUGCCCGACGGUUGUGUGGUUAAAUACGGAAUGCCGGUACAAUUACGUUUGGCUAAUCCACGUAUCAGUAACCAACCGGUUUACCUGGCCAGCGAUAAUGCCACACCUAUGUCAGCCAGUUUGAAAGCGAAUCACCAACGUGUUUUCCUCACAACCGACAAAGACAGUUUCCUGACCCAUUGGCGUAUUGAACAUCUGGAUCCGCAAUUACGAUUGGAAACGGAAGGUUGUCCCGUUCCGGUGAGUUAG